AUGUCGGGAGAGGAGCAGAGUUUAUCUGAGUUAGAAAUGAGUCCAGGGGUCUCGGACGACGGUCACUCCUUGUCACCGGGUCACUCCUCCAGUGCAGCAGGCGGAGGAGACUCACCCCUGUCCGGACCGCAGCCCCAGCUGACGGGGGUCGGCGACGACGCCCUAUCCGAUGUAGCUGGCGGGAUUUCCAUCAAGUCCGAUGAAGACGACGAUCGCUUUCCUAUUGGUAUCCGCGAGGCAGUGAGCCAGGUGCUGAACGGCUACGACUGGACACUCGUACCUAUGCCUGUGCGUGUAAACUCCGGCAGCAAAAGCAAGCCGCACGUGAAAAGGCCUAUGAACGCCUUCAUGGUGUGGGCACAGGCCGCACGGAGAAAACUGGCAGACCAGUAUCCCCACCUCCACAACGCUGAGCUCAGCAAAACCCUCGGGAAACUAUGGAGGCUCUUGAAUGAGAGUGAUAAGAAGCCUUUCAUCGAGGAGGCGGAGAGGCUGAGGAAGCAGCACAAGAAGGACUACCCGGAGUACAAGUACCAGCCACGCCGCCGAAAGAACGGCAAACCCGGCUCCGGCUCUGAAGCUGACGGCCACUCGGAGGGUGAGGUCAGCCAUAGCCAAUCGCACUACAAGAGCCUCCACCUGGACGUGGCUGCCCACGUCAGGGGGGCGGGGUCUCCUCUGGCUGAUGGACACCACCUACAUACUGCAGGCCAGAGCCACAGCCCUCCUACACCACCCACCACCCCCAAGACGGAGCUCCAGUCUGGGAAGUCGGGCGAUGGGAAGCGGAAGGGUGGUGGAGCAGGUGGCUCCUGUGGGGGAAUGGGGGUAGGAGCGGAAGGUGGCUCUGGAUCAGGGUCAGGCAAACCACACAUUGAUUUCGGCAACGUGGACAUCGGUGAGAUCAGCCACGAGGUGAUGGCCAACAUGGAGCCCUUUGAUGUGAACGAGUUUGACCAGUACCUGCCCCCCAAUGGGCACCCGGGGAUUGGACAGAGUGCUGGGUCAGCGGCAGCAGCAGGGUCCUCUGCAUCUCCCUAUGCCUACGGUAUCUCCUCUGCCCUGGCCGUGGCCAGUGGACACUCUGCAGCGUGGCUAUCCAAGCAGCACCAGCAGCAUCAUGCCUCACCUCUGGGCUCCGACCCCUCCAAGGCCCAGAUUAAGAGUGAGGCCGGCUCGGGGGGACACUUUGCCGAAGCAUCCUCAGGGGGUUCCCAUGUCACCUACACUCCCCUCAGCCUGCCCCACUACAGCUCUGCUUUCCCCUCACUGGCCUCCAGGGCCCAGUUUGCAGAGUAUGCUGACCACCAGGCCUCGGGAUCCUACUACGCCCACUCCAGCCAGGCCUCAGGGCUGUACUCUGCCUUCUCCUACAUGGGGCCCUCGCAGAGGCCCCUGUAUACAGCCAUCACUGACCCAUCCAGCGUGCCACAGUCACACAGCCCCACGCACUGGGAGCAGCCGGUCUACACCACCCUGUCGCGGCCCUGA